CCGAAAAUUUCUACAGUAUAUACUAGAUAAUUCCCUCCCUUGAAAAUCAUCAAUCUUUAGUGUUGUUCCAGGUGCUAUUACAAUGGGUUCUGCAACACCUUCACUCUCUUCACUUGUCAAUUCUCCAUCUAUUUCCCCAAUUAACUAUUAUAGGAUGAAUCAAAUGUUUCUAGGCGUUCACUCAGCCCAGUUGCCAACACAUAUCGUGUCUUUAUCUGUUUGUCUCAGUAACCACAAUCCUAACAUUUCCAACUACCUGAUAUAUAGUGGAGCCCCUUCCUCCCGCGUUUCUGUUAGAUGUUUUGCUGCAACUGGCUCACUAAACUUGGACAGUGCAGUACAGAGAAAUCUAUGGGAUUCAAGUGAUUCUCAAAGAUCUGACAGGAAACCUAACACAUCAAAGAAGUCCUUUGACAAAGAUUUUGAACUAAUGUUGCAAGAAUUGUUUGAUGAAAUCAAGUCUAUGAUAAUGAUGGGUAACAAUAAUGAUGCGCUGGAUCUACUCGAAGCUAAUUAUGAAUCUGUGAAACAGCAGAUUGAUGCAGGAGAUGAAGGCAUAGAACAAGCUGCUAUUCUUGAUGUCAUAGCCUUGGGUUAUGUAGCCAUGGGAGACCUUAAAAUGGUUGAGUUCUUGUUAAACUUGUUGAACAAGGCUGUUAACGAAUUGUUGGAUGAUGAGCCUCUUCUUGAUUCAGUGUUAACUCAUAUGGGAAGUAUGUAUACAACUUUGGGAAAGUUUGAUAACUCUAUGCAUAUGUACAGGAGGGCUCUUGGAAUCAUAGAGGCAAAAUAUGGGCGAAAUAGCAAUCUUCUUGUUACACCAUUACUGGGGAUAGGGAAAGUGCUCGGCUUAAUUGGGAGAGUGACAAAAGCAACAGACAUAUAUAAUCAAGCAAUUAAUGUUCUGGAAACUAAUAUGGGUGCAGAAAGCGAGCAAUUGGUGUUGCCUUUAUUUGCUCUUGGAAAUCUUUUAAUAAAAGAGGGAAAAACUACAGAUGCUGAAAAUGCUUUCCUUAGAAUUUUAAACAUAUACAAGAUUUUAUAUGGAGAGGGUGAUGAAAGAGUUGGAAUGACCAUGUGCUCGCUAGCUAAUGUGAAGUGUGCAGAAGGUAAUGUUGAUGAUGCCAUUCUUUUAUACCAAAAUGCCCUUCUGCUUUUAAAAGAUUCCAAAAAUGUUUCUUCAAACAAUGGCAGAAUAGAGAAAGUAAUGAUAGACUUGGCAGAGUUACUGCACUCAGUAGGAAGAGGAAAGGAAGGUCGAGAACUGCUGGAAGAAUGUUUGUUGAUUACUGAGCAGCACAGAGGCAAAGAGCAUCCCGACACUGUAACCCACCUUAUGAAUCUUGCAACCUCUUAUUCGCGUUCUAAGAAUUUUGUUGAGGCCGAACGACUGCUGAGGACGAGUUUGAAGAUCAUGUCAAAGACUGUGAGCCCAGAUGAUCAGUCCAUUUCCUUUCCCAUGUUAAAUCUAGCAGUUACGCUAUACAAUUUAGAUCAGAAUGAAGAAGCUGAGCAACUUGCCUUGGAGGUUUUACUAAUCCGUGAGAAGUCGUUCGGAAAAGAUUCUCUUCCAGUUGGCGAGGCGCUAGACUGCUUGGUAUCGAUUCAGAGCAGAUUGGGGAAGGAUGACAAGGAGCUACUGGGGCAUCUCCAGAGAGUCCUGAAAAUACAAGAGAAAGCAUUUGGAAAUGACAGUGAGGAGGUUAUAGGAACUCUCAAAAAGAUUUUGUUCUACCUUGACAAAAUGGGGAAGAAGAAUGAAAAAUUUCCUGUCCAAAAAAGAUUGUCUAUGCUUAGAACCAAAUACAAAGAAAUGAUUAGACAUUAAUGAAACAUAUCCUUCUAUGAUAAAUGAUAUUAUUGUA